AUGGAUUUACGUGUAACAAAAGACGCCGAGUCAGAAGUAAUUCAAAAGGCAAUUAAAGCCGAACCAGUCCGUUCAGAACAAGCUGCAGAGCCAGUCCGGAUAGAAGAUGAUUUUGACAAAGUAAAGGAACGCGCUUCAGGUAAAUGCCGUAUGAUGACGUCACCGUGGGAAGAGCAUUUAAUUCAGCCAGAUCUAAUUUCAAAUAUGGCGGACUGGGAUUUCUCUCACAAACGAGAAUGCAAACAGUUUUCCAUCAAGAAUUUGCCAGCGAUGAGAUCCAAGUUCAGCUUGAACUGUGAUUCGUCACUUCCAACUAUAGUCAUGUCAGAAACCGACAAUUCAGAUGACAUUUUCGACCUAAAUUUCGGUGAUAAAUGUUUAUCCAAUUUCGUUGAAAAUUGUUGUGUAGACGAGAAUCCUGUCCCUAAUGUUGUACAUUACGUCUGGUACGGAGGGAAACAGCUUGGCUUCUUCAACUUUCUUAGUUUAAUGAGUGUCUUGAGAUUCAAGAAGCCCUGUGCCAUACUGAUACACGGGCCUACUUUGCCACACGGGCCUUACUGGGAAUACUUUCUGCACAUGUCACCAAAUAUUAUUCACGUGUACAGAGAAAGACCGGAAGUUAUCUUUAGGCACACUCUCAGGUUUAAGGAGCAUUCUUCAGACGUUAUGAGGAUUGAAGCGCUAAUUGAGUAUGGCGGAAUUUAUUUGGAUUUUGAUGAGGUCUUAUUACGUCCAAUCGAUUCAUUAAGGAGGUUCCAAUACACACAGGGACACGAAUUGCCGAAGACAAUGGGUUCACAGGUCGUCAUAUCAAAGAAAAAUGCAACUUUCUUGCGUCUGUGGUAUUUGAGCUACCGUGAUGACUAUAAGAAAAUCUGGGCUUAUAACGCUCUUUGGGUGCCAAACACUUUAGCCAAAAACUAUCCGGAACUGAUUCAUAUCGAAGGAUUUAAUUUCACGCGGCCUAAUUGGCAGAAUGUAAAAUUAAUAUAUGAUGCAAAUUACAACUGGGCUACAAACUAUGGUAUGCAUAUGUAUGCGAGAUGGUAUAAACGACCGGUAAAUCCGGAUAUUAUAAGAACUUUAAAUUCUACCGUAGGAUCCGUGUCAAGACACAUUCUCUUUGGAAAUAAGGAACUGUGUGUUUCGUGAUAUACCGAUAAAUCAUAAUAUUUAAAAAUAUCUUCUUGUAUUGUGUUGACUAUUCCUGAGCAUAGGAGCACCAUAUACCCAUUUACUUUGACUCUGCAGAAAUGUGUAAA